AGCCUUGUCAUCCCCUCCAUUCAAUCAUAUCCCCCACCAAAAAAAAAACCAGCCAAAUUUAGCCUAAACCCUUUCUUGUUAUGGUUGUUGAAGCUCUUUAUUCAAUUUUCUGAGCUUCAGAAAGUUGCCAUGGAGGCCCUCAAUGCAGCAAGUUUAAGCCCCUUGGCUGUUCUUUCCGACAGAAAAAGAGAACCCAAAAAAAUCUUCCCAAUCCCAUCUUCUUCCUCCUUCAAGCUCCCAAAUUUUGGUAGUUUAAACACAAAUUUAUCAGUCCCACAAGGGUUUUGUUUAUCAAAAAGCUUACAAGGAAGUUUACUGUUGUUAUCUUCAGUAUUCAAUGCCGGGGUUUCUGGAGCUCUUACUUAUGAGGAGGCUCUCCAACAAUCUAUGACCACUUCUUCAUCUGGGGAUUUAGAUUUAAAUGGGAUUCUUGAUGGGAUUGUAAAUUUUGGAACAGAGAAUCCUGGAAUUGUUGUUGGCGGUGUUUCCAUUUUGGCUCUCCCUUUGAUUUUCUCUCUUUUUCAAGGAAAACCUAAGCCAUGGGGUGUUGAAUCUGCUAAAAGUGCUUAUGCUAAAUUGGGUGAGGAUUCUAAUGCUCAGCUACUUGAUAUUAGAUCGCCAAUUGAAAUAAGGAAAGUUGGUGCUCCUGAUCUCAAGGGUUUGGGUAAAAAACCUGUGUCCAUUACUUACAAAGGUGAAGAUAAGCCUGGUUUCUUAAAGAAGCUUGGUUUGAAGUUCAAGGAGCCACAAAAUACCACAUUGUUCAUUUUAGACAAGUCUAAUAGAUUCCAUCAAGCUAUAUCACUAAUUUGAAGAUAAGAAAUGUUC